GUUUAAGGGAUAAAAGCUAUGCAUUUUUGAUACAGUCGCAGCUAUUAUAAUCAAGGACUCCUAAUAUACUGUAAACACGAAAUCUUUGUGAACAAUGAAUCUAUCAAUUUUACGGCUAGGAAUCACCAAUAAUUUCUUUAGACAGACUAGAAUCAGUCAGAGUGUCCUAUAUUGUCGAUAUUCAUCAUCAGGAAAUCAAAAACUUCAGCAGUUCAACAUCAGAGAUGAAGUUCCAGACGGGCGACCAUUAUAUCUAGAUGCUCAAGCAACGACUUCACUAGAUCCGAGAGUGCUAGACACAAUGAUGCCAUUUUUAACAAAUUUCUAUGGAAAUCCACACAGUCGAACUCAUUAUUAUGGAUGGGAAACAGAAACUGCUGUCGAAAAGGCUCGUUCUGAUAUUGCUAAUUUAAUUGGUGCUGAUCCAAAAGAGAUAAUUUUCACAUCCGGUGCAACAGAAUCAAAUAAUAUAGCAGUUAAAGGUGUCGGACGAUUCUAUGGUGCUAAAAAGAAGCAUAUCAUUACAACACAGACAGAACACAAGUGUGUCUUAGACUCAUGUCGAGCACUCGAAGGCGAAGGCUUUAAAAUCACAUAUUUGCCAGUUGAUAAAAGUGGACUUAUCAGUCUUGAGGCGCUUGAUAAAGCAAUCACUCCAGAAACGUCAUUAGUAUCAAUUAUGGCUGUAAAUAAUGAGAUUGGAGUUAAACAGCCAAUGGCAGACAUAGGAAAGCUUUGCAGAUCAAAGAAAGUCUUUUUUCAUACAGAUGCAGCACAAGCUGUCGGCAAGAUUCCAUUGAAUGUUAAUGAUAUGAACAUUGACUUGAUGUCAAUCAGUGGACAUAAGAUUUAUGGACCGAAAGGUAUUGGUGCAAUUUAUAUUCGUCGUAGACCACGCGUACGAGUUGAAGCUAUUCAAAGUGGCGGUGGACAAGAAAGAGGAAUUAGAAGUGGAACAUUACCAGCUCCUUUAGUCGUUGGAUUAGGACGAGCAUGUGAAAUAGCACAAAAGGAAAUGGCCUAUGAUCAUAAGAGGAUAGAAUAUUUGUCAAAAAGAUUAAUUGAUGGAAUUAUGGGACAAUUAGAGCAUGUCGUAAGGAACGGAGAUCCAGAAACUUCAUAUCCAGGAUGUGUAAAUUUGUCAUUUGCAUUUGUUGAAGGCGAGUCACUUCUGAUGGCUUUAAAGGAUGUUGCAUUAUCUAGUGGAUCAGCAUGUACUUCAGCAUCAUUGGAACCAUCGUAUGUACUGCGAGCUAUCGGAACUGAUGAAGAUUUAGCACACAGUUCAAUACGUUUUGGUCUCGGGCGAUUUACGACAGAUGAAGAAGUUGAUUAUACAAUAGACAAGACUGUUAAGCAUGUUAGUCGACUGAGGGAAAUGUCUCCAUUAUGGGAGAUGGUCCAAGAAGGCAUCGACAUUAAGACAAUACAAUGGUCACAGCAUUAAAAAUUCAAACAUUUUCUGUAGGAUUCCACAAAGUACACAAUUUUUUUCUUCUUUUUUCAAGCAUGUCACUUAUUAUUUUUUCAGCUUUAUUAUUAAUUUAACUUUCUUUUCUUUCUUGCUGCCAUAUUUUAUUAGUUGUGUAGUAUCAAAAUUCUGCAAUCUACAAAUGAAUUUUUCGUUUGUAUCUCAUCUAUUGUUUAUGUUAUUACUUUUUUAUAGUGGUAAAAGAAGCUCUUUAAUGCAGUAAUAAAAAUUGAAUUUAAAUAUAUUUUAAAAUUCUAUGUGAGGCUAUAAAGUAAUGGAUAGCAACAAACAGAAAUUACUCUUUCAUUUAGCACAUUUUUGAAAUUAUGUUUAGCAUCUCAUGACUGACUUUUGUAUUUUGAAGGGAUGGGAAGAAUUUGAGUUGAUAUAUUUUUAAAACUUUCCGUUACAAAUUUUUUUGAAUUCAGAAAAUAACCGAUUUUAUUGGUUUGAACCGGUUCAAAUAAAUUGAAUUCUUUUCGGUCGUUCGUUUUUGAAUAUUUUCCAACCGGUAUUUUUUUAAGAAAAAAAAAAAGAUUAUCGAUCACGUGUAGCCACAAAUUACAACUUUGGAUAUAAAUAAUUGAAAUUGACAUUUAAAAC